GAGAGAGAGAGAGAGCAUCAAGUCACCACAGAGCUUCACCAUCACACACUGGAAGACACAAGUGCAGAGCGCAAGGAGACUAUAUUCCUCUAGAAUCAUGGAUGGAACAAAGCCGGCCAUGGAGUCCACCGCUGAGGAGACCCAGGACGAGGGCCAGGAGAGCAAAGGAUGCUUCGAGUGCUGCAUCAAGUGUCUGGGCGGGGUGCCCUACGCCUCGCUGGUGGCCACCAUCCUCUGCUUCUCAGGCGUGGCUCUGUUCUGCGGCUGUGGCCAUGUGGCGCUGACCGGGACCCUGACCAUGCUGGAGAAUCAUUUCUCCAGGGUGCCCAGCGACCACGCUACCCUCGCCCUGGUGAUCCAGAUCUUUCAGUACAUCAUCUAUGGCAUCGCUUCCUUCUUCUUUGUCUACGCCAUCAUCCUGCUAGCUGAGGGCUUCUACACCACCAGCGCCAUCAAGAAGGAGCUGCAGAGCGACUUCAAGACCACCGUCUGUGGACGCUGCAUCACCGCCUUCUUCAUGUUCUUGACCUACAUCCUCUUCCUGGCCUUUCUCGCCAUCUUUGGCUUCACGGCGAUCCCCGUUUUCCUCUUCUUUAACAUGUGGACCACCUGUGCUGCCAUGAGGUCUCCUGAUGCUAACAUCACCUCUCCUGAGUCCAUCUGUGUGGAUGUCAGGCAGUACGGUAUUAUUCCCUACAACGCCACACCAGGAAAAGCUUGUGGAACCACACUGGGAGACAUCUGUAACACCAGCGAGUUCUACCUUUCCUACCACCUCUACAUCGUCGCGUUAGCCGGCGCCGGAGCCACCGUCAUCGCAUUGAUCCACUACCUGAUGAUCUUGGCGGCUAACUGGGCCUAUCUGAAGAGUGCCGUCUCCACGCACGAGUACCAGGACAUCAAGACCAAGGACGACCAGGACCUGGAGGCCGAGGCGCGCUCCAAGGAGGGCCAGAACUCCUCCUCCUACUCAUAAGGACAAGAGAUCCUCUCCCGCCACCACCCAUCUCCUCUCCACACCUCAACCCCACCCACGACACCAACGCCCGCCCCUCCCUCCGGUAAAAACAACCAACCUCGGUCAUGUUUGUAGUCCCCCAGCCUCCUGAUCCUCCAUCCUCUUCCCCUCCGCGAUGCUCGUUAAGGGUUGUGGCUGAGCUCACACCAGAGGGGAAGAGGAUCGAGGGUCGGGAGAGGCGGCAGGCCCAGACGGAGGCAGAUGCUUCAGAACGGGAGAGCUCGCCCGCCGGGUGGAGCUCAGGUACAGUCCAUCAGUUCAGAAGCGUCUCCUCCACAGAGCUUGUGGGCGCCGGCUCGUGAACGUGGCCCGGCUGUGAUGGCCUCGCGCCCUGAGCCAGCACAGCCUCUCGACUCACAGCUCCUAACAGCCUAAAAAAACAUUGUUCACUGUCUGCUUCGGCCACAGGGAAGCCAGGCAGCGACCAACUUCCUCCGUUUUUUGGUGUUUUAUAUGCAUAUAUAUAUGAAUAUGAAUAUAUUGUGCGAAUGUGUAUGAAUGUUGUUGUUUUUUUUUAAUACUCUCUGAAAGUAUGCCAGGUACUAUUAUGAUCUUUCUUCUUCUUCUUUAUGUUUUUGCGCUCAUAGGUUUUUUUCUCCUUUACUUUUCUCUCCAUCUUUAACUUUUUAUUGCUAAUGCUCGAUACGUUGUUGCACUAUUUAAGAAAAAAAUAAGGGAGAAUGAAAAUCCCUGAAAAACACAAACCACCCUGACCCCCUCUCUCUCAUAGAUUUACCGAAAAGAAACUGAAAUCAUGUGGUAUCUCAAGGAUUACUGUGCAUUUAUAGGAUCAGAGUUUAUUUUACCACCAACGUACUAACUGUUAAAGACCGGAGGAGUAGCAAACUUUAAGUAAAGGAAUAGUUUUGGGAAGUGUGCUUAUUUGUUUUCAAGUCAAGGGUUUGAUGAGAAGAUCAGCAGCUACAGUCAGCAGCGGGCUAGCUAGCAUUAGCAUACAGACUAGUUCUCUUUGGCGAAUUUAAUUACCUUGUUUUUAUGUGAAUUAAAGAGAGAGAAUAAUAUACUUAUUAAUUAGCUUGUUAAACCAGGUGUGCUAUUUCCGUUGUUUAUUCUAGUAGUAGCAGGCUUAUCAAGGUUAGCAUCAACACUCAAGUUUUCUUGGGAGCAGCACGUUAUUUUGAGAGCUUGGUUUUGUGUAAAUUAAAAGAAAAAUGGAUAGUAAAGUUAGAAUGGGCUUGGCAAACCAGUUUUGCGUCUUUAAAAAAGCUAGGGUAGCCAUUUAUUCCUGCUUCCAGUGUUUGAACUAGCCAGAAUUAGCAGAGAUGCUAUCUCAUGUCUAGCUACAGCCAGUAACAGGUUAGCUAAGGUUAGCGUAAAAACUGGAAACAGCAAGACUAGCUCUCUUGAAAGCAACACGAUUUUGUGACCGCUUAGUUUUGUGUGAAAUACAGACACAAGAUGACCUUAAUAAGACAGCUGGUUUAGUUGUUUUCCUGUGUUUUAAGAUAGCUAGCUAAGCUAACCGGCUUUACAGUACAGCCUGGCUAUCACUGGAUCAUGCGUAAUUCAUUUACAAAUCUCAAACUCAAAAAAUGCAACUUCUUUUUGGUGGUUUUCGACUUAGAAAAUAAUUUACGUUGUAUCCGAUGAUACCCAGACUGGAGAGAUCAAUCUUCUAAUCUAACUCUCAGCAAGAAAGCAAAUAAGCACAUUCCGAAAAUGCCAAACUGUUCCUUUUUAAGACCUUUGUGGUUUUUGCUACACUCAUCACCAGCGGCAGCAGAAAUCAAAGAUAAAUCUGUCCGGGUCUUAAAAAAGACACACACCUCAGGUAUCAAACCAAAUCUGAUUUUCGCCAGUUGUGUUCUUUUCCAAAGCUUCGCCGUUCAAACUCUUCCCAGAUUGGUUCGCUGUCCUGUGUGAAUUCUACAAUAAAAACCUGUUCUAUCCUUUUGAGAAUCAAGCUCACCUGUAAAUAGCCGAAUCACCCUAAAAGAUGGAUUACACCUCUCCCACAACAGGGGGAACACAAUCAGUGUUUUGCCAUGCUCUUCUAUGAUUUUUUCCACAGAUAUAUGUAAAUGUACCCUUUGAGAUAUGUGUUUAGCACUCAAAUACUAGUUCUGCAUUUGCUAUAAUAAUUGUAAUGUAACAUCUUAAAUGAUAUGUCGUGAGAGGGAUACAGUGCAGUCAUGAUAUGAUAUGAUGGAUUGAGGUGCUUGUGACGUAUACAUUUUAAAAUGUGAAAAAAAAAUAUGGAAAUUGGUUUUUAAUGUUUUAUCAGUUUUAGGCAGCUGAUUUCUUCUUGUGAUUCAGUAAUGAUUAUUUUAUGGAACAUGUUUGUGCUUCUUUUUUUUUUCGACGGCCGGCCAAACGAGUGACUCGUCAACGCGUGAGUUGAGGAGACAAAGUCACUGUUUCUUUUCCUUUUUAUCCUUUUUGACGUCAUGCCUCUCAUAUGAGCCACAGAGACUGUUUUGGAUGUUUACACUCUGAAUAAAACAAGUCAGGAAUUUUCAUACAUUAAUUUUAUAACCAGAUAUUGUUUAAAAAUCAUGAACUAUAUUCUAUAUCGAUCAUCACUGGUUAGUUUACCCUCAAAAAACACUGAAGAAGACAAAUUUUUUGAUGAGAUGAAGCAUGUCAGUAUCGUCCAUGUGUGCAGCUGUCUAUUCUGUAUAAAAAAGGACUAUAUUGCCAUGUGUGUUAUGUUUGAUAAAUAUACGUGCUUUGCCGCCAGGUUGAUGUAAAGGCAAACUUCAAUUUCCUCUAAGACGAUGCGUGUCAGGGUGUUGUUGUUUCCUCGUUAUUUGCAUGAAGGAGACAUGACUGUGUCUUUGCAGUUUUUCAGGUGAUGUGUAGUCAAUUGUACUGACAACUAUGGUAGGCGGUGUUUGCCCCUUCCUCCCUCCACCACUCUUUUCUAAAGAAAACUCCAUUGUACUUUGAUGGCAUUGUAGUCCCUGUAGGUGUUUCAUUAUGGUUUUAUUUUUUAAGUUGGAAAUAGUUCUAUGACUCCUAUAUAGUGAUGAUUUUUGUAACCUUCUCUAGUAAAACCGAUAUUUUUUAUUAUCGUGA